CUACCGUUACUCUAACGAGAAAUCUUGCAAGUCGGUUCGUGCGCUCUCUCAAAUCCGCUACCGUCGAUGGCAACUACCGAGUCUAGAAAGCAGCCACGGCCGGGCAAGGGCGGGUUUCAGGCCCAUGGACUGACGGAGGAGGAGGCUCGGGUUCGGGCUAUCGCCGAGAUCGUAGGCUCCAUGGUGGAGCUCUCCCGCAACAACCAGACGGUCGACCUCAACGCCCUCAAGUCUGCCGCCUGCCGCAAGUACGGCCUUGCACGUGCACCUAAGCUGGUUGAGAUGAUCGCAGCCCUACCCGAGGCAGACCGUGAAGCCCUUCUUCCGAAGCUCCGUGCCAAGCCCGUCCGCACAGCCUCUGGCAUCGCCGUCGUCGCAGUUAUGUCCAAACCCCACCGGUGCCCUCACAUUGCCACCACCGGAAACAUUUGUGUGUACUGUCCAGGUGGGCCCGACUCGGAUUUCGAGUACAGUACGCAGUCCUACACGGGAUAUGAACCCACCAGUAUGCGAGCGAUUCGAGCGCGUUAUAAUCCAUAUGUCCAGGCUAGAAGCAGGAUUGAUCAGCUGAAGCGUCUGGGUCAUAGUGUUGAUAAGGUUGAGUUCAUCUUGAUGGGUGGUACCUUCAUGUCAUUGCCAGCUGAUUACCGCGAUUACUUUAUAAGGAAUCUUCAUGAUGCGUUGUCAGGUCAUACUUCAGCAAAUGUUGAGGAGGCAGUUGCCUACUCUGAGCAUGGUGCAACAAAAUGUAUUGGCAUGACAAUUGAAACGAGGCCAGAUUAUUGCCUUGGACCUCAUUUGCGGCAAAUGCUUUCUUAUGGUUGUACACGAUUGGAGAUUGGAGUUCAGAGUACUUACGAAGAUGUUGCACGUGACACAAAUAGGGGUCAUACAGUAGCUGCGGUUGCUGAUUGCUUUUGUUUGGCAAAGGAUGCUGGUUUCAAGGUUGUUGCUCAUAUGAUGCCUGAUCUUCCUAAUGUUGGGGUUGAGAGAGACUUGGAAAGCUUUCGUGAAUUUUUUGAAAGCCCUUUAUUCAGAGCAGAUGGGCUUAAAAUAUAUCCUACCCUUGUCAUUCGUGGAACUGGGCUUUAUGAGCUUUGGAAAACUGGGAGAUAUAGAAAUUAUCCACCUGAGCAACUUGUAGAUAUUGUAGCGAGAAUAUUAGCCAUGGUACCCCCUUGGACUCGUGUUUAUAGAGUUCAAAGGGAUAUUCCCAUGCCUUUGGUUACGUCUGGGGUUGAGAAAGGAAAUCUUCGAGAGCUAGCCCUAGCUCGAAUGGAUGACUUGGGCCUGAAAUGUCGUGAUGUCCGUACACGUGAGGCUGGAAUCCAGGAUAUUCAUCACAAAAUCAAACCGGAAGAAGUUGAGCUUGUUCGCCGUGAUUAUACAGCUAACGAAGGUUGGGAAUCAUUUCUUUCAUACGAGGAUACACGUCAGGAUAUUCUCGUUGGGUUGUUGCGCUUGAGAAAGUGUGGACGGAAUGUUACUUGUCCUGAGCUUAUGGGAAGGUGUUCUAUCAUUCGUGAACUCCAUGUUUAUGGAACUGCCGUUCCGGUUCAUGGUCGAGAUUCUGACAAGUUGCAACACCAGGGAUAUGGCACACUUUUGAUGGAAGAGGCAGAGCGAAUUGCUUGCAGAGAGCAUAGAUCUACUAAAAUAGCUGUUAUUUCAGGUGUAGGAACUCGACACUAUUAUAGGAAAUUGGGUUAUGAGCUUGAAGGGCCUUACAUGGUGAAAUGCCUUGCAUGAGAAGACUAUUGUAAUGAACACAAUUUUGUAAUGUAUAUUUUGGAAUUAUAAACUAGUCCUCCGUUUAAUCGAAUGGAUGAGAGCAUUACUUUUCA